UUAUCUGCUUAUAACUUAUAAGUUCUCAGGUAUGGAACUAUUUGCUUUAUGUUCUGAAUUUUGAUCAUUCAAUAUAUACCAUGGGUUCAGGUUUUUGCUUGAAGAGUAUUAUUGGGUUAAAGAGGAACAAACGACGUAAAUCCAAACACCUCAAGGAUGCCAGUGCAUCAGAUGAGCCAAAGGAAGGAGUUAAUUCUAGUGGUAAAGACGCUAAUUAUUCAAAUGGAACCUCUUCUAGAAAGAUCGUUCGCAAGACUAAAUUAACUGAGAAUACUGCUGCUAUUAGAAUUCAGACUGCCUUCAGAGCUCAUUUGGCCAAAAAAGCUCUACGGCGUGUAAGGGGUGCAGUGAGAUUCCAAGGUGUAAUUGAAGGGCUAAGUGUAACUAACCAAAUAGCUGGGACUUUGAAGCAAAUACAUUGUUGGAGCAAAAUACAAUCUGAAAUCAGAGCAAGACGACAGAGUAUGGUGACACAAGGUCGCAAUAAGCAGAAGAAAAUUCAAAAUCAACAAAAACUUGACGCUAAGCUUCACGAGCUUGAGGUGGAAUGGAGCAGUAGUGCAGAAACCAUAGAAGAAAUACUCCAGAAGUUACAACAGAAAGAAGAAGCUGCAGUUAAGAGGGAGAGGGCAAUGGCUUAUGCUUUUUCUCAUCAGUGGAGAGCCAAUUCGAAUCAAUAUUUCGGACAAGCAUAUUAUGAUCUUGGCAAGGAGAGCUGGGGAUGGAGUUGGAUGGAGCGUUGGGUCGCGGUUCGACCAUGGGAGACCAGAGUUCAAACAAAUCCUAUUAUUUCAAAAGUCUCUCACAACCACCAAAUUACCAAGAUAACUAAGCCUACAAACUUGGGACCUAUGAAACUAGUUGUCUCAAUUAAAAAUCCAACCAUUUCAAAUGGAAAAGAAUCUACGAAAGGAAGAAAGUUGUCCAACUCACAAGAGGCUGAUAUUUGAUUUGGCAAAUCCAUCCCACUUUCUACUUGAAUAUAUAUUAUUUUGGUUGGUUGACAUGUUUAUUUUUUUGGCAUUGUAUAUUUUAAUGUGAUUGUGGAGUUGUGGCUUUGAAGUUUUCCUGUUUAAAAUAUAAGAAAGAAUUGGUAUCAAUGA